AUGGGUCCUUUUCGUCUUAGAUCGAUUUCAACUGAUGAAGACAAUUUACAAAUUAUACUAAUCUCUACAAAAACCCCUUCAACUAAUUCACUGAAACUUCCAAGUUUUUUCUUUCCUGAGUUACAAUUAUCAUCAUCAUCAUCAUCAUCAUCAUCAUCAUCAUCAUCAUCAUCAUCAUCAUCAUCAUCAUCAUCAUCAUCAUCAUCAUCAUCAUCAUCAUCAUCAUCAUCAUCAUCAUCAUCAUCAUCAUCAUCAUCAUCAUCAUCAUCAUCAUCAUCAUCAUCAUCAUCAUCAUCAUCAUCAUCAUCAUCAUCAUCAUCAUCAUCAUCAUCAUCAUCAUCAUCAUCAUCAUCAUCAUCAUCAUCAUCAUCAUCAUCAUCAUCAUCAUCAUCAUCAUCAUCAUCAUCAUCAUCAUCAUCAUCAUCAUCAUCAUCAUCAUCAUCAUCAUCAUCAUCAUCAUCAUCAUCAUCAUCAUCAUCAUCAUCAUCAUCAUCAUCAUCAUCAUCAUCAUCAUCAUCAUCAUCAUCAUCAUCAUCAUCAUCAUCAUCAUCAUCAUCAUCAUCAUCAUCAUCAUCAUCAUCAUCAUCAUCAUCAUCAUCAUCAUCAUCAUCAUCAUCAUCAUCAUCAUCAUCAUCAUCAUCAUCAUCAUCAUCAUCAUCAUCAUCAUCAUCAUCAUCAUCAUCAUCAUCAUCAUCAUCAUCAUCAUCAUCAUCAUCAUCAUCAUCAUCAUCAUCAUCAUCAUCAUCAUCAUCAUCAUCAUCAUCAUCAUCAUCAUCAUCAUCAUCAUCAUCAUCAUCAUCAUCAUCAUCAUCAUCAUCAUCAUCAUCAUCAUCAUCAUCAUCAUCAUCAUCAUCAUCAUCAUCAUCAUCAUCAUCAUCAUCAUCAUCAUCAUCAUCAUCAUCAUCAUCACUAAAAGCAUUAUCAACGCAAAGAUCAUUAUCAUCAAAUAAAAAAAAUUUCCUCUUUUUAAAAAAUCUCUGCAACAAAUUACAAACACAAAUUGUAUAG